AAAUGUUUGUCAUUAUCACUCAGUUGUUUUUGUGGCCGCAGUAGUCGUGUGUGUUAAAAGAGCCACACCAAAAUGUUGAUCGUGUUUUUUAUAAUAAUUGUGUUAGUUUUAUAUUGGUACGGAACUCGUACAUUUCAUUAUUGGAAAGAAAAAGGAGUUAAACAUGAUGAACCACUGCCAUUUUUGGGAAACAACUUCAAACAAUUUAUACAAAAGGCAAGCAUAGGAAUGAUGGCUAACGAAAUGUACAAAAAAUACCCUGAGGAAAAAGUAGUUGGUUUUUAUAGAGCAACUGCACCUGAAUUAAUUAUAAGAGAUCCGGAAAUUGCAAAAAGAAUUUUGGUAUCAGACUUUAGCUCUUUUCAUGCUAGAGGAUUAAAUCCACAUAGGACGGUAGUAGAACCACUGUUGCAAAACCUCUUUUUUGGAGAAGGUGACUUAUGGCGUUUGUUGAGGCAGAGAUUUACUUUUGCAUUCAGUUCUGGAAAACUAAAAGCAAUGUUUCCCCUUAUAACAAAGCGUGCAGAAAAACUGAAAAUAAUUACUGAGGAAAUUACGGGAAGAGAUUUUUAUGACGCACGAGAGUUGAUGGCAAGGUAUACAACAGAUUGUAUCGGUGAAUGCGGUUUUGGAAUAAAUAUGGAUUCAUUAUCAGAAGAAAACAACCAAUUUAGAAGACUCGGGAAGCGAAUAUUUCAAAGGAACCUAAGAGAUAUUGUUUGCAGCGCAUUGAAAUUUAUAUUUCCGGAACUUGCAAAAAAUUUGACCUUACUAACCCCAGAAUUAGAAAAAUCAAUGAAUAAAAUAGUACAUGCCGUACUAAAAGAAAGAGACAAUAAGCCUUCCGGAAGGAACGACUUUAUUGACCUACUUUUGGAAGUCAAGCAAAAGGGAAACAUGAUUGGCGAAUCUAUAGAAAAGAAAAACGCCGAUGGCGUACCCGAAAUUGUAGAAAUGGAACUAGAUGACAUGUUACUGAUUGCUCAAGUAUUUCUCUUUUUCGGAGCUGGAUUUGAGACUUCAUCAUCAGCAUCUAGUUAUACUCUACACCAGUUGGCUUUUAAUCCAGAUUGUCAAGUCAAGGUGCAAGAAGAAAUCGAUAGAGUGCUUGAAAAAUAUGAUAACAAGCUAACAUACGAAGCUGUCAAAGAUAUGAAAUACUUAGAAAUGGCAUUUCAAGAAGCUAUGAGGAUGUAUCCAGCUCCAGGUUAUUUAAUUAGGAUGUGCACUGUACCAGAAUAUACAUUCCCAGAAUUGAAUAUAACAGUACACGAUGGAGUCAAAAUGAUAAUACCUAUAGCGGCUAUUCAAACCGAUGAAACAUAUUUUAGUAAUCCCGAACAGUUUGAUCCCGAAAGAUUUCGAGAUGGAGCUAAGGACAACUCAAAGAAAUUUGUAUAUUUACCGUUUGGAGAGGGACCCAGAGCUUGCGUUGGUGCGAGGCUUGGUAUGAUGAAGUCAAUGGCUGGACUAGCAGCUGUCCUACAGAAUUAUUCAGUGGAACCCGCGAAAUGCAGUAAACUAAAGCCUGAUCCGGAUCCGGCUGGCAUCGUAACAGAAGGAUUCGUAGAAGGGUUGCCCCUUAAAUUCAAGAAGCGUUUACGUUAAAAAAGGAAGAUUUAAGUAUGUAGACUUUUGCCCGGACUUUUAAGCGUGAAAUUUUUCGGGAAUAAAAGUAACCCGCUAUGACUUUAAUGGACAGUGCACGUAUCGAGAAGAGACACGGUGUGGCUGAAGUGUAAUUUUUUUGUAAUAAUAAAUAACUUUAAAUUUA